GCAAAAGUGUCAAAAAAGUUAAAAUUCUGUACCGGAAGUGAAGUACAAACUCGUAGUACAUACUCGUACUCUUUUUCCUUUUUCCUUCUUUUUUGAUGUUUUUUCGCCUCGGUCUUGAAAGUACGGCAUGUUUAUCUUGAAUAACUGAACCGUGCUUGCAGUAACACUAGGACGAAGCAAGCGAAAGAGCAAACGAAGGAUUGUGCCCAAAAACUAUUGAAAGCACCGCCGGAACGAAAUUGUCUCUAAAAUGAACCUAACCCGGCAACAUCGUCAGAAUCCUCGCAACAAGAACGAGCACAAAAAUGAUCUCAACGUUUGGAAUGGAACCGCUUUGUUAGUGGCCGAUUGUUUGGGAACCGGGGUGAGUAAGAUCAUUCAAUGAUUGUUCUCUCAAUUUUGGCUUUCCUCUCUGCCGUCGAUUUGCUGCUGUAUUUAAUCACAUCAUAAUCCUAACAUUUGAUGUAAUAUUUGUGCACUUAAUUUUGUACUUUUGUACAUUUCACAGCUAUUGGCAUUACCUCACGAUGUCAAAGUCUUAGGCACGACUUUUGGGUUGUCAUUUUUAAUUGCCAAUCUACCCAUAAACUAUUUUGCCGGCGUCAUUUUGAGCUACUCAGCAGAAAAAGUAGAACAGAACUGCAGCGAUAGCACUAGUAGUGAUGAUUCUAUUGGGGACCAACAAACGGCAAUGAAGGCAACGAUAGAGACUGCAUUGACUACUGCUAGUGAACACGACAAUUACCGAACGCUGGAAACGUCUAUUGACGAAGACAGAGAACAACAAUACAAUAUCAAAUGUGAAACACCCGGUGAUGUCGCAACGUUUGAUUUCGUGGGAAUGGCAUCCGCGAUUUUCAAUGAUCCAGGAACAACACGAUUGGUCAUGCUUCUCUAUUACGUCAAUAUAUUCUUGGUCUUGGGAAAUUACAUUCUUGUUAUGAGCCAUGCCGUUAUUGCUCUCUUCGAUAGCGGUGGAAAUGGUGGCGGGGUGCUGUCGUGCGUGCCGAUUGCUGGGCUUUUCGCGUCGACUUUGAUGUUUGCUGUCUGUCAAUUGAGCACAAUGGCCAACUUGGGAAGAACAGCUUCGAAUGUUUCUCUCUCGGCGCUGGGAGUUGUCCUUCUCCAGUGUUUGUACUUUUCGCGAACCAACACCAACGCCAACGACGGAUCCGAUAAUUUUGAAGGGAAUGCAGUGGGUUUGCGUUUGCUUCUGCGGCAGAUGUCGGCAUGUGGUUCGAUCGGUUUUGCCGUCGGAUCGCAGAAGCUGUUCCUGAACAUUCGCCACGAGUUCGCGAACCGAAGUGAUGCUCCCAAAAGCCUCGGGAUGGCCCUGGCAACCUUUGGCAGUGUGUAUGUCUUCAUCGUGCUGGCAGCGGGAGAAAAUCCCCCCGGGAUGCUCUUCGACGCGAUUCCCCGCGGAACCAUCCACCGACAGGCAGCGGGCCUGUUUUUGUGGAUCCAUGUCGUGGUCAGCUACGCCAUCAACAGCCAGGCCAUAUGCGCGUCGAUGGACCGCAAUUUCUUCGGUGGUUGGGAACCGGUCCUGACCUGGUCGGACCGGCGCCGAUGGACGGCCCUGACGGCCUUUAUGGCGUCUUCGGCAUUUUUCGUUGCCAACGCCGUGCCUUUUUUCAAAGACCUGGUGGCCUUUUGCGGUGCCCUAACGUCCGUCCCGCUGACCUUGUUGCUGCCGGCCGUCUUCUAUCGGCACGCCUGCGAGAACGUAGCGGUCUGGCUUCCCCCACUGGACUGGGAAGCUUUGGUUGCCUGUCGGAGUUGUGCAUCGUAUGCAUUGCUGGUGUUUUCGAGUCUCUUCAUGGUGCUGGCGACACUCGGUUCCGUGUACUCCAUCUUGUCGGAUUGGGAGCAUCGAACGGGAGGAUUUUUUUCGUGCCAGUGAUUGGUUCGAUUGACCCCUCUCCCACAGACGAUGGAGGCCUAGAGCCUUGUGUUGUUUAAAGAUGUAAUCAAUCCUAAGAACUUUUGCAUUGGAAUUUUUGUAGAAGUCGAGGAAUCCAGAUUAGCGCGUCUUUGGUUUCGAGCUAUCGUCAAACCAAUCGUCAAACCAAAUCUAUGAAAUACGGCAGGAACGAAGUAAAGUACAACAAUAAAU